AACUAUAAGAGUCUGAUCAAACAGAACUGCCGUAUUCUGAUGCCAAGGAAUGCCUUCCUCGGUGAUGCACGUGCACCUGCCCCCGAUUCGUCAAACGCAGUCGUUGGUAUCGAGUGCAGGUGUCAGGAAACGGGCACGUCUUGCACGUGCGAGGAAGGAAAAAUCCUCGGGAGCUCACCUUCUUCCGGAACCCAGCAGGAAAAUUAAACGUAUUUUGGAGUUGGCAGAGAAUGGCCGUCACCGAAGCACCGUGUUGCCGCCCCUUGACGCCGACCUGUCCUUUUCUCGCCCCUCCCGGAAACACAUCACAUUUCUCCAGGGCUUCUCUGACGAUGGCUCCAAGUGUAAAAGGAUCAGCUUUGAAAUUGACAAGAAAAUUGUCACCCAUCUACGGCGGAAGCUGACCCGUCGCAUCGAGAGGCGAAUGGGGGAAAUGUUUGAUGAUGAAGUCUCGGAUGAUGAAGCCUCACCAACCGACACCAGACGUCGUAGUGGGAGCAAGAAACAGUCGGCUGAAAAUCGGAAAGGUCUGUUCAACAGCUACUCCGAGGUUGGAGAGAAGUUGAGGAAAUCUGGCAACAGAACUCGUCUUCCGUUGAAUGGGCAUGGACAUGGCUCUCCACAAAAAGUGCUUGAUCCUCUGUUAAACGGACACGCGACGGCUACUGACCCUAGCGACCAUGCUGGCAGGUCCAGCCGCCAGAGUGAUGGGUCCAGGAAGUUCAGCUCCACAACCCCACUGCCGGACAUAGGUCAGAGCGAUGAUGGAGCCCGUCCAUUCACAUCAUCCUCAUCCAAGAUGAAGAAAGUGUCUUUACAGGAUCCACAGCUUGAAAGUCAGGCAGACAAAGAAGGUCAAGCUUCAGAGGGAGAUGCUGAACAACAAACCGGAAGUGACGCAGACGAGGACGCAGGAGGUGAUAUCAGCUUCCAGGCAAAUGAUAACCAGUCCCAUCCAGACUCCAGUGGUUCAUCGGCCAGAGACCCGGGAUACUGUUCGACUGAGCUCUGUUCAGCGACGCACGCGAUACUUCAAGGAUAUGUUCAUCGACAUUGUCCUCCUGACAAUAAGAUCAUGAAGCUUUACCUCUGCUCGGGGUUUGCUGACAGCGAAGUGGAGCGGACGGUUUUGAUGGAACAAGUUUGGCCCGAGCUGAGAGAGUUUUGCAAAAAGCACGGGCACGAGCUGCACGUGCUUGACCUACAUUGGGGCCUCAAGGACGCCACGGCAGACGACCAUCAGAUUCCCCCGAGUCAUUUCUUACUAAUAUUCCUGGGCGAGAAGUAUGGACAGUGCCUCUUGCCAUCAGAGAUUCCUGCUGAUGAAUUCGAGGCAAUACUUGAAGCUGCUGUAGAAUACAAGAACCGUAAAGUGCUCUCUAUCAGAGCCAAGAUGGCGGAGGUGGAAGCUGCACGUGCUGAACGAGAGAGCCAGCGUCAGAGCGAGGCUGCGGCCAAAUCGAGUGGGGCGUCUGUCAAGAGCCAAGACACAAUUGUGAGCAGAGAUACUAAUGACAGAAGCGAGAGUGUGAAGAAAAUGGAUGAUGAUGAUGAAGAUGCUUUGGGCGAUUUGACAUUCGAGAGGAAAGCGAGUGUGAUCCGAGCAGAGGGCCAGGUCAUUAAGGCGUUGAGGGAAGAGGAGGAGGAGCUUCAGGAUGUGGAUAGUCUCAUGCAGUGGUACAAACUGGAUGAAAACGCAAAGCCACCCGUGUACCGCUUACAGAAGAUUAGCUCCGUGUACAAGGACAUCACGAAGACAGACGGAACAAGGCGACAGGCUGCUAGGAGCGGCUGGAUCACCACCUCCAUCAAGCUGAGCAAGGUCCUGCAGCAGUUCUCUCAGAGCGUUGUGUCCGAGGAGGCCAGGGAGAAGUACUUCACCUCAUUGCUUGAGCAAGAGCUGGAACACAUCCUCGCCGACUUUGACAACACCCCCUUACACACAGUGUGCUACAAGCGGACCCUCUUGGGGCUGCAGAACCAUCUCUCCGACAUCAGAGUCGGGGAAUACAUCGACGUUAGCCCCAAGAACAAUGACGCCAUCGACACCAAGGUCAGAAGCAAGAUGCUCGACAUCAGAGAGGAGUUCGUCGGCAAGAGGGUGAACGAAGGCAGCAUCUAUUCCUUCGAGCUGAACUGGAUAGCGGGAGGAAUUACCACUACCCACAACAGAGAACAUAUCAAUUACCUGGACCGUGUUGUGAAGGUGACCCAUGACAUGGUCAAGCGUCAGCUGUCCACUCUGUUUGAAGAAGAGGACCACGCGGACCAAGCUCUGAGGAACCUGUUUGAAGAAGUCUCGCAACAUGUCAUGACGUGUCACAAGAGAGUUCGAAAGUUCCAUGGUCGGAAAGACAUACUCCAGUUGAUAAAGUCCUACGUGCGAUCAGAAACAAAUACACCCCUGGUGAUUUUCGGGAAAACAGGAUCUGGCAAGUCGGCCAUUUUGGCGAAAGCAGCAAAAGAUGUUCAUAAGUGGAUGAAGGAGUUUGACGCCCGGGUGUUGGUGAGGUCCGUGGGAGCAACACGACGGUCAACCAAUGUCCGAACCCUACUCAGAGACAUGUGUCUACAGCUGUGUCACAUCACCGGGGCCAACUACAAGGAUGUGCCCACGGAGUACAAGGGUUUAGUGAACGACUUUGGUUACAAAAUCAGCCAAAUAACAGCAGAGAAACCUCUUGUAAUCUUCCUUGAUGCCGUUGACAGACUUUUAGAUGAACAUGAUGGGAGGAAGAUGUCCUGGCUGCCAAAGGAGUUGCCUAGCAACGUCCAUGUCAUCAUCUCAACUCUUCCAGAUGACAAGUUUGAGUGUUUCCAGGCUCUCAAGAAAUCCUUGAACGGCAAAGAGGACUGUUUGCUCGAGAUCGGUGACCUACCGACAGGCGACGCUAUCGCUAUCCUGGAAUACUGGUUGAAUGAAGGCAACAGGAACCUCACACAGCAUCAGAUGGAUGUCGUCAUGGAUGCCUUCGAAAAAGCCCCAACUCCACUGUUUCUCAAAAUGGCUUACAAAGAAUCUCAGGCAUGGACUUCGUAUAUGCUUUCCGAGAUGGUUAAAAUACCGGAAACUGUAAAGAAGAUUGCUACAAUCAAGUUCGGGAGACUUGAGCGAGAUCACGGUGAAGCUUUGGUGAAAAGGGCUCUGGGAUACAUCACGGCUGCCAGGAAUGGAAUUACCAGCAAUGAGAUGGAGGAUGUUCUGUCUUUGGAUGAUGCCGUCAUGGACGAAGUUUCUGGGCAGUUCAGUUUGCCAAGGAGAAGAGUUCCACCUCUGGUUUGGGCGAGACUAAAGAUGGACCUGUCUGAAUAUGUGAUGGAAUGCCUUGGAGACAACAUGAAAACACUAUGUUGGUCCCACGCACAGUUCUGUGAUGCAGCUGAUGACAGGUACCUACAGCAGAGGGACAAAGCACCUUCCUACCACAAAGCAUUUGCUGAGUACUUCAUGGGAAAAUGGGUCAGUAAACCCAAACCAUAUUCUGGUAAUGAUCGAGGUGUGCUCAGAUUUGUAUCAGAUCAGCCAUUGUUUUAUGAACCAGAAGAAUCAUUACAUGAUGGGUCAGAUAGGGUGUACAACCUGCGGAAAAUAAACGAACUUCCAUUCCACCUUGUCAGAUCUCAACAGAUGGAAUUGCUCAAAAACGAAACCUUGUGCAAUUUUGAAUGGGUGUUAGCCAAACUAUGUGGAACCUCUCUCCGUGCCGUGCUUGAAGAAUACUCAAGUGUUUUGCUUCUGGAACCAAAUGAUGCUGAACUCAAGAUUCUCUCGGACACGUUACACCUUUCAGGUGUUGCUCUGCAGAAAGAACCCCGUCAGCUUGCCUCACAGAUGAUUGGUCGUCUUAAUGGGAUCAUUGCCAGAGAUUUACAAACGGCAGCAGAUCGAAAAAGAUACCCAUACCUACACACAUUUGUUGCUCAAGCUCAGUCUUCCACUCUCCCAAGUCUCAUUCCAUCGGUUGACUGCUUAACAGAACCAGGAGGCAUCCUGUUUGAUCUUCUAUCGGGCCAUACUGACCCCAUCACAGCAUUAACUGUAACAUCAGAUGGUAUGCGAGCCUUGACAACCUCUGAGGACUGCACCAUGAAAUUGUGGGACAUUCGUACUGGGAGAGUUGUGAAAACAUUAGAAGGAAUGAGUCCAAAUGUUUCAACAAUUAAGACAGGAAUGAACAACGCCCUUGUGAUUACAACAGAAGGGACUGUAAUCAAAAUCUGGAGUCUCCACACAGGGGUUUGCGUUCAUGUCCUGGAUGAAUUUAUAGACCCUGCGAACAUCACGGUGGCAAGUGAUAGUCGUGUACUUGUUGCUCUCUUUGAUGGGUCUAACAUGUUCCGAUCCUUUGACUUACAAUCGUUUGCACAGAUAUGUGAGAAGGAAAUCCCUGAUGAUGGAAUUCACAAAGACCGAUCUCUGGUUGUGGCUGAUACGUGUGUUGGAGAUCAAGUGCUCCAUGCGUUCAGAUCGUCCAACAGAGCCACUGUACAAAACGCAAAGUCAGGCAAGAUUUACCACAACUUGAAAUGCUUUGAGAAAUCGUCCUCAGUGGUUUCUCUUGGGUUUGCCAGAGACUAUUAUAUCCUGGCAUGUAGGCAACAGUAUAUGGAACUUCAUGAGAUUCACCAACUUGAGAUUUUUGAUUUGAAGAAAGGGAACUACCUGCGCAGUGUUCGUGGAUGUGUCCAUGACAAUGUCAGAGAUAUAUACAUCAAUAUGAUGGGCAGCCAUGCCAUUGCCAUCUGUGCUUCCGAGAACAACAACAUGUCUGACAUUGCCCUCUGGAAUCUGGAGACUGAGGACCACAAGCAUCUGGCACGACAUGCUGGUGUGUCUGCAUUUGGUGCAUGUCUUGACUUCAGGUUUUGUCUCACAGCAGCAAAGGGCGAUAAGACACUGAGAAUCUGGAACCUAACCAGCAAGAUCAAUCAACCUGCUCCGAAAUUGAAGAAGAGUCUGGGUGUGGUAGAGAUUGUUCCCAUGCAAGACAAUCCUCGAUAUGUCGUUGCCAGGACUAUGAACAAUGGGCCUAUUAGUGUUUGGAACAUAGCCAAGGCGAAGUGUUUGCAAACAGCUGUUAGAAUAGAGAGAGGUCUUUCAGAAACAUCGGAUAUUGUGAUUGUAAGGAACUCUUUCUUGGUUAUUCUCACAGACAGGGGAUUUUCUAAUGUCAGCGAUGAUGCUAAACCAGUCUUCCAAACAGUGCUGAGGUACAAUCUCAAAACUAAACGCUACGACAAGAAGCUAACCGGCUGCUACAUUGUUCCUGCUCCCACGCAUGAAUACAUGCUACUGGAUGAAAACCAUCUUAUGGGUCCCUCAGACAGCAGGACUCACUUUAUGGUAUGGAGCCUGCAGACAGGUCAUGUUGUGUACAGGAUCAAAACCAACUUUAGAGAACUAGAAAGAUUAAAGCUGAUGGAUGGAAUGCAGAUGGUAGAUGUCAAAAGAGUGAAUAGGGGAACAACAGCCAAGAUGAGUCCUUGGGACAGGCGUGCAGAGACCGACUCUGCGAAACAGAGACGCCAUGAGGGUGAGCUUGAGGAAGAACGGCAGAGGCAAGAUGAUCUGAAGAAGGAGAAAGAGAACGCCAUUGAACAGUUCAUUGUAAGUGGAGACGAGAAGAUCAUUAUUGCUUCAUUCUUUGCUCACCACUUGUGUGUCUUUGAUAUUCCGAAACAGGCACACACACAGACUCUCGAGAAUGAGAACUCGAUGAUGUUCCUUCAUGUAUCGUCGUUGACCUUUGAUGGCAGCCAUCUUGUCCACGCAAACUACGAUGAGGAGAGCAAGAUCAGUUAUGUAACUCUGUGGGACUGUGCAAGCGGGCAGGUGAAGAGAAGACUGAAACGUGAAACAAACGUAUGUGCACUUGGUAUCACAGACGAUGCUGAGAGAGUGGUGAUAGGCAAAGGCCCAGAUGAACUCCACGUCUGGGAUCCUAUGAAGUCCAAUUCACUCCGCAAAAUCAAAGGUUACUCUGGUUUGAAAUUUGGUGUUGGGAGCAAGAUCUUCACUUGUGGAGAUGGGAAGAGAGCUAUUGUGUUUGCAGGAGACAUCUCAGUGUGGGACAUCGAGAAGGCUACUGUCAUGGCAGUUUUCACGCCGGAUACCCGUAUCAUGUGUUGCAAUGUGGCUCUGGGUGGAGAGCUGAUUACCUUUGGUCUGUAUGAGAAGAGUGAUGUGAUCAUCCUGAAACUGAUGUCGAGGGACCACCAACCUCAGAUUGAUGAAGUGGAAGGGGAAGAUAUGUUUGGGGAGAAACCAGACUCGUCAGACGAUGACGAUGAAGAGGAAAAUGAAGAUUGAAUCGAACGAUGCAGUGAUUUCAGUCGAUAACUCUUCCGUACUUUAGGAUGGGUGAUCUUUGGACAUAGAAAUGUUGGAUAAAAACUGUGAUACAGACUAUUUAAAAUGUAUGUUAUGUAGACAUCAUAACUGUGAUAUGUGAGUAAUUUGUGUGUGUGUUGAAGAAUAAUAGUACUGAUUCAAGAUAUGAACAUAGGUCUCAAUGAAAAAACAGAACACAAGUUAUAAGCCAGGAAUAUGGUAAAUAUUGCCGGAUUCACGUCCGUCCAGUAUAUGUAAUUUAAGGUACACAGGUAACAGACACAGCAAUACAUUCAUCAGAACAAAAUGAGCUGAAAUGUAUUAAACCUGACCCAACUGGGAGUCGGGUGUUUUCUCAUAUUGGUUUUUGACAGACGUUCUAUGCAGUUAUAUGGAAAUCCUUACAAUAAUCAACCUGUGGGUCGUCACAUUGUGCACACACUUUGUGACUAUAGAUCGCACUUGGAAAUUUCGAUCAUGUAAGAUUACCCUCUUCCGGAAUUAAUUUUACUUCUUUGUUUGUCCAAAACCAAUAUUUUUUGUCGUAUUUAACAUAUCACGAGCCAGUAGUGAUGUCAAUGAAUCAGGGUGGUUUUAACAGCAACUCACAACAAAAAACUGCAUGAGGAUCAUAGAAUCAGUAGCAGAGAAACAACAUGUACAUGAUCCUGUGAAGUGUCCCUCACAUAUCAAAAUGGGUGUACAAUAUGAUCCUAGCAUCACACAUACCCGCGAUAAAAAUGAUUGAACAUGACCCAGCAUUGGAUACAAAUAUCCUUCUACAAUGGUUGAAGGGCACAGGUUGGCCAAUUUGCUAAGGCGCGGCAAUUCGCUAAGGCGCGGCAAUUCGCUCUCCAGAGUUACGUCCCUUGGACACGCCAGAAACCUGUGAUGAUGGGCUCCAAUACCGCUACGCCCAGACUAUGUUUCCAGUUUAAGCACAGACUAUGUUUCUAUUUUGGACAGCAUCAUACCCGCUGGUUUCACCGCAGUGUUGAAUGUCUGAGAUGAAGGAGACGCAAUGCAUGGACAACUUCUUCAUUUGUUUGUAGCACGGACGUUUUCGUACAGUUUUUUUUAUCUAUGUCAAGCAACAGAGCCACAAUUUAUGGAUAUGAAUUACUUCCAAUUAUACCGAGAGUCACAUUUACAGUGUUACGUUGUUACCGACAAAUAACCACUAUGAGCCUCUGGGACAUAUAGAACUAUGAAACAAUGUGCACUUCGGGAUUUUAUCCCACAUCUAGCUGACACGCUGUGAUAUAAGUGGAUAUAUUAUUUGAGACCAUCGGAUGCAAUCCGAUAUACAUGUAUAUCCAUGAAAUGAAAAAAAUACAGACUGAAUGUCGACAUGAUCCGUCCAGGUUAAAACUAAACCUCUCAAUAUAGAAGGGUAAUGGAUUCUUCGAAAUACUGUUAUGUGUGAUAUGAAUAGCAAUAGUGUUGCCAUGAUAUAUGAUGUGAGAUUCGUCCACUGUCAUCAUGUACCUUCCUUACAGUAUUACGACUGAAGCUAUAUUACAUUUUGUAGAAGUUUUGUACAAUGUGUGUGCCUUUCAUUAAAGAAACUUCCUGUAUAUUUGUAAUAAAAUUCACCUCGGCUGUU